CCCCCCAUGGCUGAAACCGCCUCCUACGCCCUCCUCCCCACCACAAACGCCGCCGCCGCAUCGGCCGUCAACACAGCCUUCCGGCUGAGGCCCGUAGGACUCCUUUCCCUUGCAUUGGCCACCAUCCUUAUCAUCGGCCUCGCCAUAAUUCACAAUGGUGCCGGGGACGAUCACUCUCCCGGAAACCACCAAUUGCCAAUGUCGCCGGAGCUGGACGGUGAGAAGCUCGCGCCCCACGAGACCCCGUUUGAUCCGGUCUCCCGUGGGCUUCUCCUCGGUGUCUCUGAGAAGAGCUCCGGCGUCGGCGUCGGCGUCGGCGUCGGCGCCGGCCUUCUCACCGGUGAUCGCACCAGUUACCCCUGGACCAAUGACAUGCUUCAAUGGCAACGGACGGGUUUCCAUUUCCAGCCUCUCAGGAACUGGAUGAACGAUCCAAACGGGCCAGUGUUCUACAAAGGAUGGUAUCAUCUCUUCUACCAAUAUAACAGCGGCGGUGCAGUCUGGGGUAACAUUACUUGGGGCCAUGCCGCUUCCCGCGACCUCCUCAACUGGCUCCACCUCCCCGUCGCCAUAGUCGCCGACCACUGGUACGACACCAACGGUGUCUGGACUGGCUCCGCCACCGUCCUCCCCGACGGCAACCUCAUCAUGCUCUACACCGGCUCCACUAACUCCACCACUCAAGUACAAUGUCUUGCCCUCCCAACCAACCCUUCCGAUCCCCUCCUCAUUCACUGGCACAAGCACGAAGCCAACCCCGUCCUUCUUCCUCCUCCCUCCAUCCUACCGCACGACUUCCGCGACCCGUCAACCGCAUGGGCCGACCCCUCCGACUCAUCCACCUUCCUCCUCGCCAUCGGCUCCAAGGAUGACUCUCGCAGCCGUCAUGCUGGCGUAGCAUACGUCUACGCCACGACAGACUUUGUUUCCUACCGCAUUCUUCCUGGUGUUCUUCAUGCAGUGGAGGGGACCGGCAUGUGGGAGUGUAUUGAUUUCUUCCCGGUUAGUGUCGAUGGACAAGCUGGGCUUGACACUUCUGAGAAGGCUGGUGCGGGAAUCAAACAUGUUCUGAAAGUUAGUGUAGAUGAUGAUCGUCAUGAUUAUUAUGCUAUUGGGACGUAUGAUGCGGAAGGGAACAAGUGGGUGGUUGAUGAUGCGGAGAAGGAUGUUGGUGUUGGACUUAGAUAUGACUGGGGCAAGUUCUAUGCAGCCAAGACAUUCUAUGAUCCACAUAAGAAAAGGCGAGUCUUAUGGGGUUGGGUUGGUGAGACCGACAGCGAACAGGCUGAUCUCUCCAAAGGCUGGGCUUCUAUUAUGAGCAUCCCACGAACGAUACUGUUCGAUUCGAAGACGAGAAGCAAUCUCCUCUUUUGGCCAGUGGAGGAGGUGAACAUUCUCCGCACCCGAAGCUUCGAAUUGCCUGCCAUUGACGUUCUGCCAGGCUCCGUCGUGCCGCUCAAUGUGCCGGCGAAGGCCGCCCAAAUCGACAUCGAGGCGGAAUUCGAGGUGCAGAAGAUGGCGGAGAUGACGGCCGUGGAGGCUGACGUUGGCUAUAACUGUAGCACCAGCGAUGGCGCGGCCGGUCGAGGUCUUCUCGGGCCAUUUGGCUUGCUCGUGCUCGCAGAUAAAGAUGUGGGCGAGCAAACUGCUACAUAUUUUUAUCUUGCAGCGUCUGCCGAUGGUGCUGAUCGCAACACACAUUUUUGUCAGGACGAGACCCGGUCAUCACGCGCGAGUGAUCUUGUAAAGAGGGUGGUGGGCUCUACAGUACCAGUUCUCGAGGGCGAGAGGCUGACUGUGAGGAUCCUGGUUGAUCACUCAAUAGUGGAGAGCUUUGCACAGGGAGGAAGGUCAGCAAUUACUUCUCGUGUCUACCCAACAAAGUCAUUUCACUCAGCUAGAGUAUUUUUGUUUAAUAAUGCCACCAGAGCCUCUGUAAGAGUAAAGUCCAUCAAGAUUUGGGAGAUGAAAUCAACUUUCAAUCACAUUUAUGAAGAAAAAUCAUACCAAUUCCAAUAAUCUUAAUUUGUAUACUGGUUUUGAAUAUGUGCGCGACCCUUCAUUAGCUUAGGUCUUGUAGUUAGAUUUUUUUAUUUUAUGUUGUAUUAAAUCGGUUCUCUAAAGUAAUUGC